UGAUUGAGGUCACAGGUCAAGAUGCGGCCAUGUUUACUACUACGACUUUGACGUGUUUUAUAAUUUAGAUCGCGUUGGAGGUCUACAAACUUCAUCGUUGAAUUGUAAACCUUUCUGUUUCCAUUUUCAUCUGAUUACCACGUACAUAUCAGCAUGAAACAGUGACCAUAAGGCCCAACCUAAAGUUGCCUGAGGAAAAUUCAUCAUGACAGAAAAGAUACACAACGUGAGUGCAGCGAAGUCAAUAUAACUAUAAGAGAUAGAGACAACAAGUUCAAGACAUUGAGGUAAAGAUGGCAGUCAAAUCUGGACCAAGGUUCACUACAGAUGAAGAGUUAAAGAAGUUGAGCUGGGAAGAUGUAGUCAAACGCUUACGAUGGUGUGAAAAGGAGCGAAUGAAGUUGCUGUCUAAUCAAGGGGGUAGCGUAAAGGAAAUCGAACAUCUGUUGAUGCUCAAAACAAAUGAGAUACAAGCUCUCAAGAUUGAAAAUCAGAAACUUCAUGGAGACAAUGUAGAGCUUCGUGAGCUAUGUUGCUUUCUGGAUGAUGACAGACAGAAAGGUAAAAAAGUUUCAACUGAGUGGCAGCGCUUUGGUCAAUAUACAACAAACGUGAUGCGCAAUGGAGUUUCCACGUAUCAGGACAAAUUACGAGAGUUGGAGGAACGGCAAGAAAAGCUAUGUCAGGAGAAUGUUGAAUUGAGAGAGCUGUGCUUUCUCCUGGACCAGGAAAGAACUGGCAAUCAGAGUACUCUCCUUAGUCUAGGCAAUGGAAUUGAUUUAAGAGAAAAGACAAAUAUGAGUAAUGGACCUUCCUCAGUGUUGAAUGAUGGACAUUUAUCAAAAGAAGGGUCUUCCAAAAUGUGGGGGAAUGGUGGUGAUAUUUCAGCCUUGCAAAACAAUGAUCACAUGCCUUUCACAGAGGAUAGAAUCCGCUCUUUUGAUGAAAAGAGGCAAUUUUCUCAACCAGAGACAAGGAGGAAUGGGUCAGAGGAUAAGGUAGAUGGCCCUACACCCAAUCAUGUCACAAGCGCUUCCAACCCAAACCAUUCAUCAUACUCAUCCAGGAAUUAUGGUUCGAGCAUAGAGAAUGGUAACAGGGCUCCUAACUCACCCAAAGCUAUAGUGAAUGCACUCAAGGUAUUGGAGGUUCAUGACAUGUUGGAGCGAGACACAACACCAAACCACCUUGAGAAUGACCAUAUGAACACCAAUGAGAAAGCUAUUGUCAGGGAGAUGUGUAACGUGGUGUGGCGUAAAUUAGGAGACAACCCAAACAACCCCAAUGGAACUGGCCCUAAUGGCACCAACGGCACUAACGGUAGUAGCAACGGCAGUGGCAGUAACCAAUCACAGCGCCCCCAAGCUCCGACCAGGUACUCUAACAGUACUGUCAACCCUCCAGCUAAACCUGCUGGUUACAGCACUCCUCCAUACAGUAGCGGUAGUACAGGCAGUCUUGAAAGGAAGGGUAUCUAGUUUCCGUCAGCCCCAAUCUGGUACUCUUAAUAGUACUGUCAUCCUUCAAGAUACCGGCUAUAGAAAACCUCCAUAUAGAUGAGGUAGAUGAGGCUGUCUGGAAAGAAAAAGUAUUCAGUCAGUGCCCCCCCCCCCCCCCCCCCCUUGCCAUACUCUGCUCUGGUCCCCUAACAGUACUGUCAUCCCUCCGAGUCAGACUGACUGGUUAAUACAGUACACCUGAAUCUUGUCACAACAUUCUGUAUUCUUACUGUGAUCUACUAGCAGUACUGUCAACUAUCAAGUCAGAAGUUGUAGUAAUGGCUGUUAAGGGGUAUGUGGCCUGCCUGGCCUGGUGACAAGACCUUCCAUGUCUACUCUCAGCAGAUGAAUGUGGAAGUUUUACAUCUAAAUGGAAUAAACUAAAUGCUGUGUAUUAAUUUCAUGUAAUUGAUAAACAUAUUUAUAUGAUAAAUGCACCCAAUGAAAGAAUCGGUCAUGAUUCUACAACAGUGAGAAGUGUAUUUAAGGAAACUACUGCAUGAUCUUUAUUUGUUGUAAUAAAAACCAUCAAGUAUUAAUUAUAGUGUUAUUUAUGGUGAAGGAGAAUGAAUGAGAUAUCAGAUCAUAGAUGCCAGUCACUCUUCAAACAUGAAUGCAUAAUGUUUUUAAUGAAGUGUUGUAUAACCAGGUUAUCACUUUGUAUGGCUCUUCUUUAAGAACAUGCCCUCAAUCAUGUAAAUGAAAAGAAAGAGAAAAUUAUAUUUUUAAGAUAUAGGAUCGAAUAACAUCAACAUGAAAUGCCUGGAAAACACAACAGGUGUAUGUAGAUUUGAAAUAUGAAGAAAGGCUUUUAUAUAUUCAAAUUGCAAAUCUGAUUUCUCUUGAUUUCUAUUUCAUAUGGUUGUAAUUUCACUUUGAAUAUUUCUCAACCGGGUAGAUUAAAAGACAUAAAAUAUCAGUAGAUACUAUAGAGUUAGGGCAAAUGCAGAUUGCUUUUCUGGUGAGGCUAAAGUUCACUGUUGAAGUUAGAAUCCAACUACCAUAGUUUUUAUAUAGGUCAGUUUUUGCCAGACCAUACAUGUAUACACUACAGAAUACAUGUAAAUAUAUGAUAAAUUAAGCAUCCCACCGCAAACUGGGAUGAUGGUAGUUUAUAUUGGAAAGGUAUGGAUUUAAGUCAUAUAAAUGUGUUUGUAUUGGAGAAUCUGAUGAUUUCAAUAGGGUAUCAAUAUCUUUAUACAGCUUCUUACUUGUUCCAUAACACUGUACAUUAUGCAGUGAUAUUUCACUUAGCUAGGUCCAGAUUCUUUGACACUCCUUGAGGUGGAAGGCCAUAAUCUCUGCAUUGUUGAGGGAUUUAAGAGCUGAAUGGCUGUUGUUCAGCCAGGGUCAUCCAUCUAUUCAAAUGCUUAUCUGCUCUGUGUCAGUUGAGAUUGGAAUCUCAAAGGAAGAAUCUCAAUGGAGGGCGAAGUUGCUCCUUUGAAUGGUUGAUGCAUGAUUGGGCUAUAGCACUGAUUGUUUUUUCCCCUGAUUCACAGUUGUAAGCUUUUUUUGAACUGAUGAACUAGUUUUGUACAAGUGCACUGAGAACUAAAAUGUGUGACGUAUUGUAGUAGAACCUUGACCAACACCUUUUAUUUAUGUUUUAUAUAUAAUCCUGCUUGAUGUCUUAUUUGGGCUAUUUUAUUUUUACAAUAGAUGUUUGGGAUGUUUACAUAUGAGAGGUUUAAGAAGUCAUCAGACCCCUUGAAUGUGUAGCAAGUGUAUGAAAUGAAUCUUUGAAUACCAUAAAAUAUCAGAUUUAAAGAUUUUAUUCAAUGAUUACAUCACAGAUACUGUCGGUGAAAGCACAAGUCUCCAAAUUUGAGAUUGUCUUGAAUUGAGAAUUUGAGAUAGUCUCUAAGAGACAUCUUGCUGCACACCGUAAUUGAAAAGUCAAUAUUAUGUAUCUAUAUAUAUACUUGUAUAUUAUUUGUGUAUAUACACAUUAUUACAUUUACAUUAUUGAUUAAGUAAAAAGAUAUUUACCAUUUUAAAACAUGAAGAAAAGCACCUGUAAUUGUAAAACAGUUGCAAAUUGUGUCACUGACUUAAAACUUGAAUUGUUUUUUGUAACAUACAUUCUCUGCAUCAGAUUUUUAGUGUAAAUAAAUUUUGUAUCAUUGUAAAUAUUUUGUAAAUUAUACACUGAAUUUGAAUACUAUUUGUAAGUUGACCAGUGUAGCUCCUGUCUAUUGCGAUGUAAAGACAACAAGCUGAUGUGGAGGUGGAAGCAACUAUAUGUAUCUUUACCAUAUCACAUUUAUUAAAAAGGAAUAAUGAACAGUAUUGCUAGUAUUUUCUUCAAGAUUUACGCAAGUAUUCAGAAUGGAACAAAGAAGACGGGGAGAUAUAUCCUGAAAUAAUGUUUUAUUGCAAAGCUAGUCGGUGAAGCUGUCAAUCUCUUUAGCAGUACAGCAAAUAAUUGGUUGUGUGUGUAACUUUAAGAAUGAAUUUGAGCUUGUGCAUGUAUGGAUACAUUAUCUAAUGAUACUUAUAGUUGCUUCCAUGUCGGUGCAAAAGUAUUAUUGCAUUCCACUUUUUCUAACAUUUUCUUCUUUUUGUAGUCAACUCAUGUGUAUAAAGUAAUCAUAAAUUUUAAGAAAAAAUAUGUGUUAUAUUGAUAUUUCCUUUUACUUAUAACUCAUGAAAUGAUAUAAUACUCUUGCAUACAUGUAUACAAUACACAUGAGCAUAUUUGAUUAUGUGCUUAUUUCUUGAUAAUAUUACUCUAAGUUCAAGACAGAGACUGAUUAAAAUAUAUAACUUCAUUGUCAGAGGGGAAGUACCGGUAUUGGGCUUAAAUCUGUGUGGUUCUUCCUCAUCACUACUCACUAAUAACUAUGCAGGUUUGUAUUGAUGUUGAAAUUGUGUAAAAGAGAUUUGAUAACUGGAAUUAAUCUGAAGCUGAAAUAGAUUUUUUCAUUCAAAGGGGAGGACGAGGGAGUAAAAUCUUUCAAUAUUAUUUGCUAAUUGCAGGUUAAACAUUUUUUAUCUGGAUUAAUCCAAUCUUAAAUUGCCACAUUGAGGUCUUAAAAUCUAUUACCAAAGAUUGCUCAUGCGUAUUAUGUGUACAGAGAUUGUUGCUGUUUGUAGGUGAACCAUAGGUUUAUUUCUGUCUUUCUCUAUUCCUCUCUCAUUUUCUCUCUCUCUCUCUUUCUCUUUCUCUCUCUCUCUUUCUCUCUCUCUUUCUUCCCCUCUCUCUUAAUGUCAUUCUGUUUGAUCUUUAUUGUCUUCAAUGUUUGCAUGUUUAAUGUGUAUUGAUUUGUACUGUAUACUUUUUUGAGAUACGAUUUGGGCAAAUAUUAUCUCCAAAGGACAAGUCAGAUAUCUUUUGGGGGCUCAUUGAGAGAGACAUGAUCUGGUAAUACUUGCAAGUAAUCCAAAUCACUAUCUGAUUCUGUGUCAGCAAUAAAGUCCUUUGAUGUACCUUUACAAAAGAUACUUAUGUUCGUGUUGUGUAAAAAAUCAAGUAUUUCUCUUUACCGGUAGAUGUAAUUUUUUAAUUUGUUAUUGCUGGUUUGUGAGACAAAACAAAAAUGUUCAAAAAGACAUCUUAAAAAACGAUUCACCCAUAAGAUUACCUGUGAUCAUUAUACCGUACAUCCUGUAUGCUUCUGAUUCUGUUAUCAAGUGUCAUUUUGUUGGAAAUGCAAAUUAAUGAAAGUAAAAGAUACCAUGUCUCCUUGUGAUUGGAGCAUGUCUGAAAUGGCUCCGGCACCCAGUGUACCACUUAACAAUUCAUGCAGCAAGUGUGUUUUUGUAUUGGUAAAUUUUAGCAAAGGUCAUUGUUUUGAUUUUGAUUAAUAAUGUACUUGUGUUGGUCUUGUACUUCAGGAGAUGUGAUCUCUCAUAUGAUUUUAUUGGUAUCCUGGAAAGAUAGUAAGAGAUCUGAAAGUGCUUAAAUUGAUAUAGAAUCAAUGAAUUACACAUUUGGUUACUUGUUCAUUGAACGCAUAAAGAUAAUCAUUUUCUUGUGGAAAGUCAGUAAAUUUACGUCACCUAGGUAAAAUCUAGAACAUUAAAAUCUUUUUGUAGUGCGAUAUAUAAUGUACUCGAUAAUUAGUCCCAUCUUGUAGAAAUUAUGCCCUGUAUUCAUCAAAAUUCUUGAAAUAAUGAAAAAGCAAUGUCUUUUGUAUUCUCUUGUAUUUUAUAAUCAUUUCAGAGCAAAUACCUCAAUCUAUUUAAUACUGCUUACUUUAUGAUUUGUAAUUGUAUGUAUUCACCAAUAUAAAGCAUAUUACUGGUUUGCUACUUGUAUUCUCUUUAUCAUGUAUGAUUUCUAUUCAAGUAUUUAAACAAAAAAUAGAUUUCUCUUUCUAUUUAUUUGCUCAUAAUGCUUAUUAAUUUUGUGACCAUAACUAUAGAAACACUAAGGUAAUCCCUUUGAAUUCUAGUGAGUGUUUUGUGGGUGUAUUAACAUCAUUCUCUAUAACAGCAAUACAAGUCAUUAAACAAAUCUUCUCAUGUGUCCUUCACCAAGCAAUGGCAUCUUAUGGCAGAACUUCCCUUUUGAAGUUUAGGCAUGAUUUACAUACAAAAAGUAUACUGCCUUUAAAAAAAGUGGGGUAAGUGGGGGUAAAAAAAAAAGGCCCAUAUGAUACAUGUACUAUUCUGUUUUCAAAGAUACACAAAAAUGAAGCACACUUAAGAUCGAUGUAUUGUAUUUUUUGCCAUGGCUGUUUACCACAUCAUGUGAAUGAAGGGCUUUAUUAAUUCAUUCAUGAAAAAAAAUAUUAAUCAUAGACAUGGGGAUUUGCUUGUCUACAGGAAUCUCCCUGAUUUUCAUGAAUCCAGUUAACAUUCUUUUAUUACUUUAUAUAUGCUAGGUGAUUUUUUUUUUUUAAUAAUUAAACAUGGGGACACAUCGAGAGCUUAUGUAUGAUGGUGGUGACAAUUUAUUUAAAUAACCUUUGUAUAUGAUCUUUUAUCUAUCAUGUCUCACUCUGUACUUCGAUGUAUGGCUCCAUGCAGUUGUACUGGUUAACUUCAUUUAACUUGCAUUAAAUAGUAAAAGGAAAUGAUA